GCAAGCAUUUUCAAACGAUUAUAUUUCGGAAGGUCGCCCGAAUUUCAAUAACUUCCAGUGAGCAACGUCGGGAGGGUACACCGUUUUAUUAACAGGCGUAUUACGGCACACCGUCGCGACGCAUUUGCCGCGUUACAGCAAAAUUUUGGUCAUGAUCAAAACACUGCUGUAACGCAGCUCAGGAAGCUAGCAGGAAAAUAUGCAGGUUACUAGAAGAGCCUACGCUCUUCACGUUGCUGACUGAAAUUUGUUGCAAUUCCGGCAGCUUUAUUUAUAUAUUAUUAUUAUUAUGCUUUCUUUUUCUUUUUUUUCAUGCUGACCCGUUCAGUUAAGCUGGUGCAUAGCGGUGAAGUUCGAGAGAUGGCCGCAGGGGCAAUGUCAGAAAUUCCUUGGUAUGAAUGGUAGAUGUAGCUGCAGAUGUAGAGCCUAGAUGGUAGUGGCACAUACCCGCUCUGGGGGAUUAAUUCUUUUGUCUUGUUCUUAUGAAUGACCUUAGGUUGCGUAGGAAGACGAGGAAGAAGAAGAAGCGCUUCUCAGAUUUUUUUGUGAGCGUCUGCAGGUACUUCGCAAUGGUGCUCGGCAGACCCGGGGAAAAGGCCAGCGCUCCGGUCUCGGCCGACGCGGAGGGCAACCCGGCAGGCGUCGUUCCCGUAUCACGUGAUGCCGAUGGAGAAGGCUUGGGAUCUCCGCUGUUGGGACCCUCGGCGGACGCACCGUACCCUUCGACAGCGGGAGAGCACGACCUGGACACCGCGCAGGCCAUGGUCAGUUUCGUGCUCAUCCUGGUCAUGGCCACCGUGGCCUGCGUCCUCAUCGUAGUGGUCACCCGAUACACCAAGGGCUACCGCGCCGGUCUGCACGUCGUCGCGCAUCCCUCGCCGCCCGGAAAGACCAGCUGGCCACCACUACGUCAUUGAAUCGCCGACACGGCACUCCAUGUUCUGCGGCAUUCCCCAGAACUGAUCCGUCAAUUUAAGUGCCCUCGUGCUUGAUCGAGUUGCUCUGUGCAUUUACUUUAAA